CGCGCAUUGCCAGAAUGGCAGUUUAGGGAGCACGUGACGGGGGCUUUGUGCAUUGACUGUGUUUUAUUCUUAGACCGGAUUGUCGUAUGCUGACAUUUUCAGUGUGAGCCUGAGUUGCACGACUUGUAAUUGUACAGUCAGUGAUCAAACGGUACCCACGACCAAGACAUUAUUUCUGUGACAAUUUGUGAAGUUUGUUGACAAAAAAAAAAACCUAACGAGAGACACAGUGUGUGUGAGUGAUUCACUGGAUUAUCUCAAGGCCGGUGUGAAUGUCCCAUUGAAUGGUUGGAUGUUACCCAAUGGCCGAUCAGUUUGGAUACCCGUGUAACAUUGACGCCCCCGGAGCACCACAAUGUCUUUAUUCCGCUUUUCAGGAGAUGGGUAUCAAAGAUGAGUUCCACCAGAAGGCCAUCCUCGUGUGUAUAGAUGAGCUGUGUGGGCAGCAGACUGAAACGCAACGCUACGCAUCAUCAUUACCUCCCCCUGGACACUGUCUUGUAGAUAUGGAAGCUGCAGCAGGAGACUCUGAGCACAGAUUUGCUGAGUACAAUUUUUCCUCCAUGCAAAGAUGCCAUGUAUGUGACAAGUUCCUAUACGGCCUGGUCCGUCAGGGUCUACAAUGUAGGGAAUGUGGCAUGUGCUGCCACAGGUUCUGCCACGCCCAGAGACCCACAGAGUGCAAUGUACCUGUUCUGGAAAGGUUGCGGCGACCCAGCUUCACCAGUAAUUCUGUAUUUGGAUCUGAGCUGACAGACGAGGUUGAGAAGUCCUGUAUGGAAGCCCCUUGGGUCAUCGUUAAGUGUGUGGAGGAAAUUGAGAAAUGGUGCAAAAUACACAAAUCUGAAGCAUUGAGCAUAUACAGGCUGUCAGCUCGUACAGAAGAAGUGAAUGAAAUUAAAGCUGCUUUUAAUAUGGGUGACCAGGAGCAUGUCAACCUGUCCAGCCAUGACGUCCACUCUAUAGCCGGUGCAUUGAAAAAAUACCUUAGAGAGCUGCCCAACCCGGUGAUACCUGUAGAAAUGUACAGUACUUUUAUUGAAGCUGCCAAAGAAUUAGGUCAAACAUCCGGUGCAGUGUCUGUGAAAUCUGUGGUAGAACUGGUUGAUGAGAUGCCCCCCGCCCACAAGUCCACCCUCACCUAUAUAUUUGCACAUUUUGCUCGCCUGUGGAGGUGGCAGUUUGAGUCUGAUGUUGUUGAUGGCGUGGAGAAAGUCCUACAUGUCUUCUGCCACAUCUUGCUGCGCCCGCCCUGGGAAAGAAUCAUUGAUAUUGUGGACAAUACUAAACUUCACAUAGACAUUCUGGAAGAGCUGCUUCGGAAUGGUAACUGGGGAGAGUUCAUGCCACCAAUUCCAUCCCCAAAUCCAGUAUUACCACCACGUAGCACAAGACCAGUUGAAACCGCUGUCAUGUCGCCCCAGAUGACUGAGCUGAGGGAUGCGGAGUGGUACUGGGGGGACAUCUCCAGGGAGGAGGUCAACGAGAAGUUAAAGGACCAGCCCGAUGGGACCUUCUUGGUCAGAGAUGCCUCCACCCCCGGGGAUUACACCCUCACUCUCAGAAAAGGGGGCAGCAAUAAGCUGAUAAAAAUACUUCACCGAGAUGGCAGGUAUGGCUUUGUGGAGCCCUUGGAGUUCACUUCCGUUGUCAGCUUAAUUAACUGGUACCAAGUCAACUCGUUAGCCAUGUACAAUAACACCCUAGAUACAAGGCUUGUUCAUCCAGUCAGUCGCAACUUGGGCAUGGAUAACCCAGAAAGCUUACAAGACAUUGCCAAAGAGGUGGACACCCUCGUGAGGAUAAACCGCCAGUACCUGGACAAGAGGGCCCACUACGACUCCCUGUACGAGCAGCACUCCAGGCUCUCCCAGGAGAUGCAGCUCAAGCACCAGGCCCUAGAUGCUUUCAAAGAAACCCUAAUUGUCUUUCAAGAGCAGAUGGAUCUCAACAAGCGCUCCCUGUCUGAGACCUCUGGUCAUGAAAUGCAAAAGUUGCAAGAGAACUUGGAGUUGUUGAAAUCUCGAAUGAUGAGAAUAACAGAGAGCAAAAGUGCUUUAGAGGUUGAUUUAGACAGGAGGUCAACAAGAAACAGACUUCUGAUUGGGGAAAUGAACUCCAUCAAGCCAGAGAUCAAAAGGUUAAACAAACAGAGAGAACAGUGGAAGAAGUGGCUGCUGGACCGCGGCAAGAAACAAGACUUCCUGGACAAUUUAUUGGAAGGCAGAAGAGACAACCAAGCGGAACCAGAAUAUUUCCCCCACUAUGAUCAGUGCAACUGGCUGGUGGACUGCCAGAGACAGAGUGCCGAGUUCCAACUGAACGGCAAACCUGACGGCACGUUCCUGAUUCGUCCAAAAUUUGAGGAGGGAGACAUCCAUGUCCUCUCAAUAGUGUGUCGAGGUGUCAUCGGCCAUUGUAAAAUCUACCACUCCGAGUCUGGGUAUGGUUUUGCCGAGCCCUAUCUCAUCUUCCAGUCCUUGAAAGAUCUGGUCCUUCACUACUACAACACAUCACUAGCAGAACACAACAAUGACCUUGACAUUUGCCUGCUCUACCCUGUUCGAUCAUCCUCAAAUGACACUUACCUCCGCCUGCAGGACUUGUAGCAUUGGAUUCUGUACCCAGCGUAUCCAUAGUGACAGUGGAUAGCUUCGGACGCCAUAUCUUAGCAUAUCCAUACUGAUAGUGGAUAGCAUCGGAUGCCAUAACUAGCAUAUCCAUAGCGACAGUGGAUAGUUCUAGGUGUGAUUCUUAGCUCUUCAUCCAUUUGUGCCAGAGUUGUUACUUUCAAAAAAGUGGGAGAAAAUUCCAGAUAUUUCUCCCUACCAUUGGAUUUUAUAACAGAUCGUUCGCACAAGGUAGCUUAAAUCUGCAAGCAACAUGUGGUCAGUGUUCCGAACACACCAAAGCUUUUCCCUCAGAUACUGAAACCGGAAACAGAAACAUUUUCUGCGAGAAACACCGCUCUCUAUAGCUGAAGCUUAGCUUACCGCACAGCAGUGACUAUAUUGUGAUGCCUUAAAGGUUUCAAAUGUGCGCACAAAAACUUAUCGACUGACAUUCAGCCAUGGAUGGGAUUUACUAUAAAAAAAAAGUAUAUAAAAAAAACUUGUGUGCUUUCACAGUUUCAAAGAAAAAUUAUUUUAUAUAUUAGAUAAACAUCAUUGUCAUUUAACAAAGUCUUCUCUGUCUCCCAUCAAUCGUAAGGUAUAACUUUCAUCUUUCAUUUGUACAAAUAAGAAAUUAUAUUUCGGCAUCAGCUGUUUCUUGGAUUACUAAAAUUCUGAGGACUGGUGAAUUCAUAAAGUUAUUGUAUUUUUGUUUGAAAUUUGUCGUUGUUAGUAUAAAAAAAAACUGGAGAUAUUUAGCAUGGCUUGUUGGUUAUGAUGUUGUUUAGCUGGUCAAAGUGAUGGAAUAUGAGGGGAGAAACCAAAGUGAUGAGAGACCCACAUUGAAGACACAGUAUUGCCUUAAUGGAUACACCACAGCUGUCAGUUGGCUUACAGCCCCAAAGAAAAUUUUAUAUUUACAAAUUUUAAACACAAAAAAAAAUAAAGCAAUGUAGUUUACAUGUUGAAACAGAUGUUUAUCUAAUUAGAUUGUAAGUUUGGCUAAACUGUUUCUUACUCUUACAUGUUAAAAAACAAAUCAUGAAUCCGUGUGUACUGGUGACUUUCUGUGUCAACAUCUUCAUGUAUAUCUAGUUGUUUUUUUUUCUCUUAGUUUUGUUACAGUAACCAUGGCUAACUUAAUGUAUAACUAUUUUUUUUUUAUAUUUUAUUGUGGUAAAACUAUAACAGAAACCAUGGUCCCUAUGUUACGUAGAUAUGUAGAGAUUUCUGUGGGCUAACAAAACUGUGCUACAUAUCAGAUGCUGAAUUAUUUUUUUUAACAUUCACUUCAAUGUUUCUGCAUAAUGUUUAUGAAUCUAGGCAGUUAAAAAAAAAUUUAAUUGGCAAAUCAAAGCACCAAAAAAAAAGUAAUUUAAUAAGGAAUUGUUAUUUUAAAUAUAUGUUAGAUUAAUUAUACCCAUUGCAAGGUUUUGUUUUAAAAUGCUACUGUGCCAUUAUUUCUCUCACAGCAGGUCUGUGUUCAAUCAUUUAAAACUUGUAUGCCUAGCUCUGUUGUGUUACUUCAGGUUGUUGGACUUUGUUGCUGAUUGUAGUAGUAUACAUCAAUUAUAUGUUAGGUUACUUUGUUGAUGUUCUGUAUGUUCUGGGCUGAUAUGUUGAUUUCUAUAAUUGCUUGCUAAAGGUAGAUUCUAUUGUUGUAAUAUCUAUUUAGUUAGUUCCUUAACACAUUUUUAGUUUUUUUUUUUUUUUUCUUGAAUUAAAUUUAAAAACUAUGAUUUCAUCACUUACAGAUAAAAUAACUUUCAUUAUAAAUUGUAUUCAGUUUUGUUAAAUUUUUAAAAUUGGAUUUCAUUUGCU